AUGCUGUCUCAUACGAAAAACAAAUUCUCCAGUUAUGCAAAGGACUAUAAGGAGUUGUUGUCAUUAGAUUUUGACGCAAUCUUGUUUGAUAUCUUACUAUUUAUUGACCUGUUUACGCGUAUCAUGUCUUUGUCUUUCUUUUAUCUACAUAUUCCCAGAGUUCGACAGCACCAGCUGGAACCAGAUAGACUUAUUCCAUACCAGCAAAAAGGGUACACACUGUCCAGGCUGUCCUGCCAGGCUGUCCGUAAGGCUUCCCAAAAUGAAACUCCAGAAAAUUGGCAAGACAUUUCUGUCCAUAUCAGUACAUUGGAAAAGAGAUUGAGACAUGGCUCUCUACCUAAAGAAGCAAGAUGUGAAAUUUGUUACAAUGUAACACCCAAUCAACCUGUACUUGUUACUCAACAACGAAUACUGGGUGAUCAGUUAACAUAUCGUAAAUACCUGGACGUCGUUCCAGUCGAAGAAGCAGGACAAAAGAGGAAAAUACUUGAGCUUCAAACCGAGGCACAAGUAGUUCAAUUCGUCAAUAAUGUUUACUGCAUCGAAGAUCAAGGAAAUAGGGAGAAGAAAAGAAUAGCCCAAAUCGCAGAAGAGAGUUUUAUGUUAUGGAAGACAUUCCAUGUUGACCUCAAUAUGCGAAUAUUUGCCCAAUUAUCAACAAACUUUAAAAAAUUACAAAAUGAAGAAAUUGAAAUAAUUGGUUACGCAAGAAAGUCUCCUUCCCCAGAAGAUCAAGAAACAAGAGUGAGACUUCUUAACUCCACGAUCAACAAUUUGCGUUUUCGUUCCCUGGAAACACACGUUUAUGUCUCUACUUGCUCACGUUCAUCAACACCAUUCCAAGAACGAGAUCGUAAAAGCCACAAAAUUUAUGAUGAAUUAGAUAAUAUUGAUGGGAAUACGCAAGGCAAAUAUUGA